UGGACGGUGGGUGUACAAAGACGAGAACAAAAAGAAGUCAACGAAUUAUUUUGAUUAUUGGAAUCAGACCGUCAGUUUCUAGAGAUAAAUUUCUUUUUUGAGGCAAAGGAAAUCUAUUCUGAACAUCUAAAUAGCACGAUUUGCUUCUUAAGUAUUCGCACAAUAUUAUGCCUCUUUUCGAUUCGGUGUUGCAAGAAAAACCUGCAAUUGUGCUGGAAAUUGGUCAUGCAUUCACUAAAUUGGGCUUUGCCGGUGAAUCCCACCCUCGCAGUAUCAUUCCGUCAGAAGUGUUGGAACAUAAAUCAAAAAAUUCCGGACAAACAGCUGCUAGCAAAAAACUGCUCGAUUACGCUAAUGAGUCCGAACUGUACGAUCAGUUGGUAGAUUUUCUGAAAACCAUUUUCUUCAAAUACGUUUUGGUCAGCCCCAAGGAACGCAAGGUGGUGAUUGUGGAAUCUGUGCUUUGGCCUACACAGAUUCGAGAGAAUCUGGCCAGGGCACUUUUUUGUCAUUUUGACGUGUCAUCGAUUUUCUACGUACCAAUCCAUUUGGUUGUUUUAGCUACGUUGGCAGUAGAUACGGCACUCGUUGUGGAUAUUGGGUACAAGGAAGCAGUGGUUGUUCCUGUGUACAGUGGAGUUCAAGCAGUGUUUGCUUGGGAAGCACAGCCCUUGGCUGCAGAAGCAGUGCAUGAACAUAUAAAGGGUGAAUUAAUUUUGAAUGGAAUAGAUGAACAGUUGCUGACAGACUACGUCAUUGAAGACAUUAAGGUUCGAACCUGCUUCGUUACGACCAGAGAGCGGGCAAUCAAAUGGCGUAGUGACGAAAAACCGGUGGCUUGUCCGGAAGUUGAUUAUCCCGUUAAAGGAGAUGAAACUAUCAAGAUUCCUGGCGUAAUUCGAGAAACGGCAUUUGAAGUGCUUUUCCCAGAUGAUAACGAUCAUCUCAACUUGGCAAACAUAAUUCUCAAUUCAAUACUGAAAUGUCCGAAGGACAUGCGUAAAGCGUUGGCCGAGAAUAUUGUACUCAUAGGCGGAUCGACGAUGGUUUUGGGAUUGGCAGCUCGCCUGAAGCAGGAGCUGCUGGCUUUGUUGGAGUCUGAACAAUACAGCGAUAAACUUUUUGUCAAAACGUUCAAAUUCCACAAACCUCCGUCCAAGGCGAAUUUUACCGCUUGGCUUGGAGGGUCUAUCUACGGGGCAACAGAUCUGGUAUUAUCGAAGUCCAUCGCACGGGAGGCAUACAGCAAACAUCAACAACUACCAGACUUUAUCAACUAUGAUGAAGUGCGGUCUCACGGCCGGAUUUAGCCAGGUUGGAUGUGUAAACACAUAUAUCUAUCUCAUAUAAAAUGUUUAACAAUUUACUUCAAAACCUAAUAAACUACGGAUGGUGGUGA